AUGACUCACGGGAUCCCAUCAUAUCUAACGGGUCACUAUCCUUUCGCAACCUAUGGCGGUCAGUCGUCGUAUCACUUCGGCGCGCCGUUUUCCCCCAUGUACGGCGCGCCCAUGCACAUGCCGCUUCCGCCACACAUGCCUCCGCACGGGUCCGCGCACGCAUCCGCGCACGGAGCAGCGCACGGAAGGGCGCUUGCAGCGGCGCAUCCAGGCUACGGCUUCCCCCCUCCGCCGUCCGCCCGACAUCGUUCAACUUUCCAUGCCGCCGCAGCAUCAGGACCCACGAAGAGACUCCGCCGCACCGGCCGGUUUGAUCUGGACAGUAUGGGUCACAUCCCCACGCCUUUUUUCAACGAGAGCCCGGUAGAUGUCGCGAUCGACGGUGCUGAUAAGCAGGCGGGAGACGAUAAAGCGCGGUUCGGCAGCGGCAACGGCGGCAGCGGCGGCGAUCCUUUGUUCGACGAACUUUCCUGGGGAUUCCCUGAUCUUGAGUUCAAGCCAAAGCUUGACUCCGCGGCGAUGGCGACGACUAACGCGCGAAAUUCUGACUUGCAGUUAUCUUUGGAACCGACUGCGAUUUCUGAUCACGCGCCGCACGUGACGCACGAUGAUGUGUACUACUCGGAAUACUACCCGCAUCCGGCGCCGGACUAUCCUCCAAUGGCAAGCCCGUAUCACGCGGCUGCGUACUACCAGCCUCAUCCAUCUCAUCAUCCUCAUCCGCUCUACAGUCAUCACCUCUACAAGCAGCGGCACGCGGAAGCCGCCGCGAUGGCGAGGCAAGCGCGAGUGGCGGCGACGAGAGAGGCGCUCGCAGGGCGAAACGGCGUGCAAUCCGUCGCAGGGCGAAACGUGAAAUCGCCAGCUGUCGCACAGGCGAAGGCGACGGGGAAGAGAAAGGGAGGCGACAGCGUCGCAGACCCGCACACGCUCGGCGACGGCUUGGAAUUCGACGAGCAGCUUGAUCAUUUCGGCGUCGCUGUCGCGGCUAACGAGCCGUGUGCUGUCGUCCCGUCGCGCGCUGAUCGUCCCCCUUCUCCCGCGGACCUACUCGUUCCAUCGUCACCGUCUGUCCCGUUACUAACCCGCUCUUCCGCCGAAACUGCUUCUGCGUUUCCAGCUGCUUCAAGCCGUCCGUCGCUGGCCCUUGUUCCCGAUCGCGAGGGCCCGUGUCGUUUCUCCAUUCAUUCUUCGCUACCCGGAGACCGCGACGAUGCGGCACCCGCUCUCUUAUUCCCGCCUGUUCCGCGUAUACCUGUUGCGGUUUCAUCCCCCGUCGUGCCUUCCGCCGCGCCUUCCGCUGCUGCGAGUAUUCCGGCGACAGUCGAUCCAAAGCGAAGAAGGUUGCUCCGCAACAGAGUCAGUGCCCAACAGGCUAGAGAGAAGAAAAAGUGUUACAUCAGUGGGUUGGAAGGACGAGAAGCAUCACUUACUGUGGAGAAUGAGGCAUUGGAGGCUACUAUUGCCGCUCUUACAAAGGAAAAUGCCGAGCUCAGCACCCCGCGCGUCGUCUUAUCAGGACCGAAAUUCAGAGGAUUCGACGGCGUGGCGACUCCAGCCUCGCUGUUAACUAGUAAAGCCACAUUCUCCGGCGGAUUUUCUGCCGGUGUUUGCGGCACAGCGACGCCGAGGCUGUCAGGCGGCCGGCAGAGCGUCAUCCGCGUGGCCGGGGGGGAACCGGGAGGCGCGGGGAAAAGCGCAGGAGGGAAGGCGGCGGAGCGCGCGGGGCCGACGGCGGAAACUACCCCGCUGGUGCGCUUCGCGUGGUAUGCGUCAGAGGCGUUCGGGAAGGCGGUGGCGGCGGUGCGCGGGGGGGAGGCGGAUGGCGGAAGGGGAAAAGGCGCAACGGCGGAAGGGGAGCCGGCGGUGGUUGACCGCGACGCGGCUAUUAAAGCGCUGAGAGAAGACUAUGACAAGUCGUACUUUGUGACAGGCGAGAUGACCAUGUGGUUGUACGAACCAGAUUGCGAGUUCGCCGACCCCUUUGUGUCGUUCAACGGCCGAGAUCGCUUCAAGCAGAACGUGUCCAACCUCGGGUCGUUUAUGGAGGAAGUUUCCCUAAAGAUUCUCGACUGGCAGGAGUCAGAGGGUACGGUUACCACCAAGUGGAGAUUCAGCUGCGUAUUGGGCCUGCCAUGGCGCCCCAUUCUUGCUGCAUCCGGGUCUACAGACCAUUUCUUCAGCGAAUCAACAGGAAAAAUAUACAAGCAUGUGGAGCGGUGGGACAUUUCCCCUGCAGAUGGAGUCAAGCAGCUGCUCAAGCCAAACCCUAAACUCAGAAAGCGCUAG